AUGACCUUCAAACUCCUCCCCGCAAAUCCCACAGACUCCCCCGCUCUGACCAACGUCUUCCUCUCCGCCUUCAGCGACCCCUUCAACCAGCGCCUGUUCCCACGCACCCCAGACGUGACCGCCUACUGGACAGCACACUUCGCCUCCUUCAUCAACAGUCCAGACAAGGCCGUCCUCAAAAUGAUCGAUUCAGCAGACGGCGCCAUCGUCGCAUUCGCGGUGUGGCAACUCCCGGGCCAACCGUCCCCUGAGGGUGAGACGCAUCCAGGCGACGCGUAUCCCGCCAGUUCCGACCGAGAGCUCUGCGCGUUAUUCUUUGGCGGGAUGGCGGAGAUGAGGCGGAGGAUUAUGUGUGGUCGGCCUCAUUACUAUCUCGAGAUGCUGGGGACCCACCCGGCGUACCACGGGCGGGGUCUUGCGUCGAGACUGCUCCGGUGGGGAUUGGAGAGGGCUGAGGAGGCGGGUUUGGAGACGUAUCUCUCGUCGUCGCCGGCGGGGAGGCCGCUGUAUGAGAAGUAUGGGUUUCGGUUGGUGGAGGAGAGGGAGGUUGUGGCGGGGUAUGUGCAGGGGUAUAUGCUUAGGGCUGGGAGAGGAUGA